AUGUCUCAACAAGAAGAUGUCUCUGAAUAUGAACAUGGACGCAUACGGGAGCUGCAGGAGCAGCAUAUGGCCAUCCAGAAAAAGACCUACACUAAGUGGAUGAACAGUGUCUUCUCCAAAAAUGGGGAAGAGGUGGCCUUAAAUGAUGUGUAUACCGAGCUCAAGACUGGAGUGCACUUGGUUAGACUGUUGGAGCUCAUCUCCAGGGAGAAGCUGCCCAACCCUAGCCGACGUAUGCUCAGAGUACAUUGCCUGGAGAACAACAGCAUUGCCAUAAACUUCCUCAAAACCAAGAUCAGAGUAGAUCUGAUUGGCCCUGAGAAUGUUGUGGAUGGAGACAGAAUUCUGAUUUUGGGCCUCUUAUGGAUCAUCAUUCUCCGAUUCCAGAUUGGGGCAAUCAAUCUCGAGGAGGGCAGUGGUAAUGCCAGCUCAGCACGGCGUUCAGCCAAAGAGGCUCUUCUUAUCUGGUGCCAAAGAAAGACUUCUGGCUAUAACAAUGUUGAUGUCCAGGACUUUUCCAGCAGCUGGAGAGAUGGCCUAGCCUUUAAUGCUCUCAUCCAUGCUCACCGACCAGAUCUAUUUGAUUAUAAUCGACUCCAUCCAGGUGAUGCAAGGAGAAACCUGGAUCAUGCUUUCAGCCUGGCUGAGAGCAAAUUUGGCAUCAUGCAGCUACUUGACAUAGAGGACGUUGCAGUGCCACAUCCUGAUGAGAAGUCCAUAAUGACUUAUGUUUCACUCUACUAUCACUACUUCUCAAAAGUAAAACAAGGACAGACCAUCCAGAAGAGGAUAGCAAAGAUUGUGGACUUUCUGAAAGAGCUAGAUGACAUGAAAAGUCAAUAUGAGUGCAUGGUCUCUGACCUACUUCACUGGAUUAAAACCAAGAUAAUAGAGUUGGAUGACCGCUCCUUCCCUAAUUCCUUGCCGGAGAUGAAGCAGCUAGUGGCUGCCUUCAAGAAGUUUCGCACUGUGGAGAAGCCCCCUAAGUACCAGGAGCGGGGUGCUAUCGAAGCCCAUCUCUUCAACCUGCGUACAAAAUUGAGGGGCAACAACCAGCGUGACUAUGUUCCUCCAGAGGGCAAGAGCCUUGGAGACAUUGAAAGGAAUUGGACCAUGCUGGAGAGGGCAGAGCACGAGCGAGAACGGGACCUGCAGAGUGCGCUCCUGAGACUGGAACGCCUUGAGCAGCUGGUGCAGAAGUUCAACCGCAAAGCAGCACUCAGAGAAAGUUACUUGGAGGAGACGGUGCAACUGGUUAAGAAAGAUGAUCUGAAAGAGCUAGAAAGCUUAGAGAACGCACAAGCUGCAGCUCAGAGGCUGGAGGCCCUGUGCACUGAUGUGUUGGCUCGAGAGCCCCGUUUUAAGGCCCUCAGUGAGAUGGCAGCUGUCAUUGAAAGGGAGGAUUACCACAGCAAGAAACAUGUUGUCUGCAGGCAAAUGAAUAUCUCAAACAAAUGGCAAGCUCUGCUCCAGCAGUUGCAGCAAAAAAGAGAUUCCAUUCGAGAUGCCAUGAAUACACUUGCUGUUCUCAAGGACAUUGAGUUAAUUUCCCAAGACCUCAAUGAGCUACAGGUCCAGGCAGGGUCCUCAGAAUUGGGAAAACAGCUACCAGAUGUGGUGGAAUUACUCCAGAAACAGGACCUGCUGGACACCAAGAUUUCCUCCCUUGGUGAAAUGCUAAGUACCAUAAGCAACAGUGCCUUAAAAGGAAAACACAGGGAUGUACUGCAGGUUCAGAGCAGAGUCAAAAAGCUCAAUACCCAGUACAACUCGCUUCUGGCUCUCAGUGAGAACAGGAGGAAAGCACUUGAAGGGCAGCUGAAGCUCUUUGAGUUCUUCUACGACUGUGAAGAAAUGGAGGCAUGGAUCUAUGAAAAGUGGCUGUUGGUGCAAGCAGCAUCUUUAGGCAGAGACCUCAGUCAGAUUCAACAAGCAAUUCAAAAACACAAGACUCUGGAAGCCGAGGUGCAGUCACAGGAAGCUCUGUGCUCUAGAGUUGUGUCCAGAGGUCAGGAAUUGUGCAGAGGGAGACACCCCAACGAACGAGACAUUCAAAAAUGGAUUCGGACCCUGCAGAAACAGUGGCAGCAGCUCAGUGACCAAGUUACAAACCGCAAGAACAGACUGCAUGCAGCCAUAGUCAUCAAACAGUACUUUGCUGAUGCAAUGGAGGCAAACUCAUGGCUAAAUGACUGCAGGCCAUUUCUCAUAGAUGAGGAUUAUGGGAAGGAUGAAGUGAGCGCUACCACCCUGCUUCAGCGACAUCAGAGACUGGAGAAAGACAUGGAGGCAUAUGCUUCAGAAGUAAAGAGGCUCGGGGAACAAGCGCAAAGUGCGGCCCAACUUGCUACUCUAACUACAGAACUUCAACAGAGCAAAAUGGUCCACUACAGUGAUUCAUCAGGAGAUGAAAACGACGCUGUGAAAGUAAAAGAAGCAAUUACCAUUAAAAACAAGGAAACUUUUAAGGUCUCACCACAGAUGCAGGAGUUUAAUGCAAAAAUUAGGUUUAAAUACAGAGGUACGUUGCUGACCUGGGAUCGUGGGGAAAUGCUGACGAUUUUCAGCAGAGAAAACGAUGACAAGUUUCUUGUGCAAGACAGUAAAGGAAAUAAACAAAUAGUGCCUUCUACAUACAUUACAGUGCUGCCUUCAACUCAAGCACCAGCUGUGCCUAGAAAUGGGGUUCCAGAGAGCCCAAAACAGAAAGUAAACCGACCACGGCGUACACGUUCCAUGCGCCGGGGAACUGCUGAAAUCUCAGUUACAUCGAUGCCUGACCCACACUUCCAGAGGGAUACUAUAGAGAAUACACAGAGCAGCUUAGAGAAAGACUUCAACAGUGUCUUUCAGCUAGUACAGUCAAAGAGAAAGAUCCUGGAUGAGACUGUUAGUUUGCUUAGGUUUUACGGUGCUUGUGAGGAGUUUGAGUCCUGGAUGGAAGACAAGGAGAACAUUCUUAACACCUUUAGCUCCAAUACUGAUGAUAUUGAUAUUGUGCAGGCCAAAUAUGAGAAUUUUCUUACUGAACUUGCAAGUGGAAAGGGGCGGCUUGAUGACAUCACCAAACUGAGUGAAGAACUUGUGAAAAAGAAGCACAGCAAAAUGAAAGAGAUUCUUUCCAGACAAGCUCAGGUUGUUCAGAGAUGGCAGCACAUUCAAACCUUGAAAGAUGAAAAGGGUCACAAACUACUCAGCUCAGCUGACAUCAACUCUUUCUUGCAUACCUGUAAAGAUGCCAAAGUCCAGCUCCUGGACAAGCUGGACCAGCUGGAUACUAGCGAUGUGGGCAGUUCUGCUUCAGCCCUACAGGCUAAAGAACGCAGUCAGGUUCAGGUUGAAAGGGAGAUAGAGGCACUUGAAAGGAAGAUUGAAUACCUAAAGAGUGUGGCAAAAAUGAAACAGGAUUGUAACCCAUUGGAGAGUGCUGCCAUCAUGCAAGAGGUAGAUGCUUUGGAGGAGUUACUGCAGCAAGUCAAGGUCCAGGCUGCAAAAAGACAAAGCCUGCUGGACAAGGCACAACAGAUGCAGCUUUUACAGAAGGAGCUUAAAGACUUGCUGGUGUGGACUGAGACAGUGGAGGAGCGCUUGGUGGAAGAGGAAAACAGCUUCGACGUAGCCUCUGCUCAAGCCCUGUUGAAGGAAAACCAGGAGCUAAGGACAGAGAUUGAUCAGCAAAGAGAAAGGUUGAAAGAGCUGGAAAAGCUUGCUGGCUCCUUGGAGAUGUCAUCCGGAGGUCGAGACACUAAAGAUGUUCAAGAAAUUCUGAACAAGUUAAACCAUGAAUGGGACAGGCUGGAUAAACUGUGGUCCAGUCGAAACAAAAGGCUACAACAAGGACUUGAAUUCCAGAAGUGGAACAAAGAAGCAGAUAGGAUCGAUGCGACAAUUGCUGGUCAUGACGGCAGGUUAAAAAUCAAAGAACUUGGGGACUCUGUGGAUGGCGUUCACAGUUUACUUGGCAGGCAAGAAGAACUGGAAGGCUUGCUUGGAGCUCUUGAGCAAAAUAUAAUCGUUUUUCUAGACAGGAGCCAGGAACUUAUCAACAAACACCACUACGCAUCCAAACAAAUUCAACAGCGUUCUUUGACCAUAGAGGAACGGAACCGAAAUCUAAAAGAAACCUGCAAACAGAGAAGACUGGAGUUACUUGCCUCCAAAAAAUGCCAGGAGUUUCACAGAGAUGCAGAGGAGCUGCUGAUUUGGAUGGAAGAGAAGUUUAAGAUAGCUGAAGAUGAAUCAUACAGAGACCCAACCAACAUUCUUCACAAACUCAAAAGGCACGAGGCAGCAGAAAAAGAGAUGCAGGCCAACCAAGUCCGUCUGGACAGAUUGAUUGAGACAGGAGAACUAAUGCUGACUGAAGACCAUUAUAACGGUCCGAGUAUUCAGAGAAAAUCUUGGCAACUGCAGAGCAGAUGGAAUGAGCUCGAAAAGAAAAUGACAGAUAGAGGGGAUAAGCUAAGACAGGCUGGCCAACAGGAACAACUUAUGGAGUUACUUCAGGAUGCAAAACUGAAAAUUGAGAAAAUCCAGCUGAUGCUGCAGCAUGCACCUAGAGGCCAUGAUCUUCGCUCAAGUCGAACCCUUCUGAAAGAACACAAGCAGGUAGAGCAAGAAGCUCAGGAGCUAGCAGACAAGAUCAAUUCUAUUGUCACUCAUGCCAAACACCUGGCUACGAACCAUUUUGACUCCCAGAGGAUCCUUCGCGAGACAGACACCUACCUGAAUCUGUUUAAAUCUCUGCAAAAGCCUUUGGAUCAUCGCAGAAGCCAGCUAGAAUCAGAUGUGGCCCUGUUCAGCCUCUAUCAUGACAUGGACCUAGAGCUUACUUGGAUAUCUGAACAUGACCCUGUAGCAGAUACCAGCAGCUAUGGAAAAUCCCUGGCUGGGGCUAUCAGCCUUUUACAGAAACAUAAGGAGCUGCAAGCAGAGGUUAACACCCACAGACAGUUUCUUAAGCGUGUUCUGGACAGAGGGAAGGUCAUGUCCAACCCGGAGGUGCAACGUAGGUGCAAUCACCUAAAUUCGCAAUGGGAGGAGCUGGAGGACACCUGUGAAAAAUGCUCUGCCUACCUUAACAAAGCAGUUAUACGAGAACAGAUUUUACUGGACUGUGCUGAACUGGAAACUCAGUUAUCUGAAACAUCAGCUUUGGUCAGCACUGACUACGGAAAAAAUGAAUUAGCAACACAAAGUCUUAUAAAGCAGCAUCAGAUGGUAGAGGGGAAAAUUGAGGUGCUCUCGGCCCAGGUGGAUGAACUCAAGUCCAGUGUGGACAAUGCUGUGCUUGCAUGGGGUUUAGAGGAAGUAAAGAGACCUUACAAGCACAUCAGAUCUCAGCUAAGUGAACUACAGCACUCAGCCACAAUCAGAGCUCAAAGGCUUCAAGAAGCCCUCCACCUUCAUGAAUUUAAGCGUGAGUCGUCAGAAUUAGAAGACUGGAUAACUCAGCAACGACUAACUGCCUCCUCUGAUGACUAUGGUUCUGAAUAUGAGCAUGUACUGCAACUGCAGGUUCGGUUCGAGCUGUUCCUAAAGCAGUUAGAUGCAGGUUGGGAGAAGAUGCACACAUGUGAAGAGCUGGCUCACAGGCUGGUCAAAAACAACCACUCUGAAAGCAGCUUUAUUCAAGAAACACAGGAUCAACUCAGAGAAUCAUGGGAUGAGCUGCAGCAUUUGGCCAUGAGUCGUAAAGAGAGCUUAGGUAAAUCAGAGGAGUGUCACAAGGCCUAUAAAGACUUGAUGGAUGCCCUAGGAACCAUAAAGGAUAAGCACAAAAGCAUUCCUGAUGACAUCGCCAAAGACCUGCAGGGGGUGGUCCUGCAGCUGAGGAAGCAUGAAGCAUUGGUGAAUGAGCUUGCUGGAAAUGAGCAACAGCUCCAAGAGUUGCUGGAUGCUACAGAUUCUAUUUUAGAACAGUGUUCCACAGAGCUAGGAGAAAAGAUCCAGGAGACACAGCAAGAGGUGGUGGAAAGUUGGGAGAGACUCCGUACACGGAUAGAACAUCGAGAGGAAGAGCUAAGACUGGCCAAACAGCGCUACCUCUUCCUCAACACAGUUCAGGACUAUUCUUUGUGGUGUUCUCAAGUGCUGAGUGGCAUGAAGGCAGAGGAGUCUGUUCGUGAUUUGGCCACAUGCAACCUUCAGCUCUUUCAGCAUCAGCAAUUGUGGGCUGAAAUCGCAGCCCGAGAGGAGACAUAUGCUCAGGUCGUAUCUAUGGGUCAACAACUACUGGAACAGGACAUUUUAAAUGCUAGAGAGGUUAAACAAAAACUAAGAGCUUUGCAGAAUGAAAGAGAAGAUUUGACAAAUAAUUGGGAAUCCAAGCAAAAUUGGUUAGAAAACACAUACCAGGAACAUGUGUUGUACAAGGACAUUGAACACAUGGAGAAGAUCACCAACUCUCAAGAGGUCCAGUUAAAAAAUAGUGACUUGGGAACAACAGUUGAGGAGUCAGACAUGCUAAUCAAACGUCAUGAAGCCUUUGAAAAGCUUUUAGGCACUCAGGAGGACAAGAUGAUUGCACUUCAAGAUUCCGCUGACUGUUUGAUGAAUAAAGGAAUAAAAAGAGAAAAAUGCAAUCAUAUAAAAAACAAACUUAAAUCUCUCAAAGAGAGGAGGCAAUGCAUAAAGGAUCUGUCCAUGAAACGCAGAGAAAAGCUCAUGCUCGCCCGGCUUCUGUUUAUCUUCAACCGAGACGUCUCUGAGGCAGAGGAAUGGGUAGAAGAGCGCAUGCAGAAGAUGCAGGAAGAUUCCAAAAUGGACUUGAGCAACCUUCAAACCAAAAUGAAAUUGCUGAAGAAGCAUCAGGUGUUUGAGGCAGAGAUUCUGGCCCAUGGCAAAUUUAUUGAAGCAGUCCAACAGACAGGAGAUAAGCUGGUUUCCCUUGGUCAUCCAAAGUCUAAAAAUGUAAAGCAGAGCAUGGCUGCUUUGAAUUCUCACUGGGACAUGCUGAAACAAGCUGUCUCAGCUCGGGGAAAACUUUUAGAAGACCACAGAGACUUUCUGGAGUUUCUUCAGAAAGUGGAACAGGUUGAAGUUUGGAUCAGGCAAAAGGAAGUCAUGAUUAAUGUUGGAGAUCUCGGGGAGGACUAUGAACAUGGUCAACAACUUCUGAAAAAGCUAAGUGAGUUCAGAAGUUCCAGCCCUGGGGAUGUGACUGUAGAUGAUGCUCACAUUAAGGACAUCAACACCCUAGCAGCUCGACUAGAGAGACAGAACAUCGAUGAGCUGGCUACUGUGAAAAAGCGCAAGCAACAAUUAAACGAGAGGUGGAGUAAUUUCCAUGGAAAUCUGAGCACCUACAGGAGAAAGUUGGAAGCAGCAUUGGAGGUCCACUCUCUAAUACGGGACCUUGAGGAAGUGCGGGACAGGGCAAGUGAAAAGAUGCGCCUGCUACAGGGACAGAACUGUGGAGAGGAUGUAGAGAGUGUAGAAAACCUCAUACGUAAACAUGAGGAGAUGGAACGAGAAGUUCAAGUAAUCCAAGAAAGAGGGAAUGUCCUGGAGAAGGAGACCAAAGAUCAAUUAAGGAGGUAUUCUGAACUUUCUGACAAACUAAGUAAGAAGCAUAGAGAAGUAAACACCACCCUAUCAAAGCUGGACAAGGAAGUCAAACUAAGGAAAGAGCGUUUGCAAGAGUCACAUCAGCUCCAGCUGUUUAAAGCUAAUCAGCGUCUGUUGUUGGAUUGGAUGUUGAAGCAGACCAGAGAAGUGGAAAAGAGGGGCUUGCCUAAAAGUAAAGCUGAGGCAGAAAGCCUUAUAGUGGAGCAUCUAGACUGGAAGGCAGAGAUAGAUACACGUGGUGAGCGCAUUGAUUCAGUGAAGAAUUUCGGACAAAAACUAGUAAUGUCUGGCCAUAGUAAAGCACCAGAGAUCAAAAAUGCUUUAAGAGAACUGGAAGAUGCCACAGCUGGACUUACUCAAGCAUGGGAGAAGAGAAAGACAACAUUGGACCAAGCUCUGGACCUUCAGAUAUUUCUUGGCAACUUAGAGCAAAGUGAGAGGAUUUUGAGCAACAUGGAAUCUUUUCUGUCCAAUGAAGAUCUUGGGAGCUCCUUGUUGGAAGUUGAAGCUCUCCAGAGAACACAUGCUUUAUUUGAAAACUCCGUAGAUGCUCAGCUAGAACAGCUGGAAAAGGUAGUAAGAUAUGGUCAACAGCUGACUCUCAGGAAACAUUAUGACUCAGACAACAUUAAGAAGAAGAGCAAAGCAGUUCAGCUCAGAAAGGAGACGAUCUUGGAAAUGAGCAAAGGCCGAAAAAAAGCUUUGGAAGAAUCUGCCCAGCUACAGAAAUUCUUAGAGAGUAGUUACGAGCUGUCCUCAUGGUUAAAUGAGAAGAACACAGUGGCUCAAGAUGAGAGCUGGAGAGACCCUAUCAAUUUGCAGUCCAAGAUCCUGAAACAUCAGAGCUUUGAGGCAGAGAUCUUGGCCAACCGCAACUGCUUUGAAGCCUUAAUGAAGGAAGGGGAGAAAAUGCUAGCUGUUGGACAUCCAGCCAAGGACAAGAUUAAACCCAGAAUGAUGGAUCUCAGUGAUAACUGGGAACAUCUCUUAAUUAACUGCAAGGAGAAGAAGUCACGUUUACAAGAAGCAUAUCAGGCCUUGCAGUUCAAGCGCGCCCUAGAUGAUGUUGAAGAGUGGCUGGAUUCAGUGGAAACUGAGGUAAACAAGAAGGAUUGUGGGGAGGACCUGGCUUCAGUCAGCAGACUGCUGAAGGAUUUACAAGGGUUGGAGGAAGUGGUGGAUGGGCACAUGGAAAAAGUUCAGGGUCUAGUGGACACAGCCAAGGACCUCAGCUCCAAGGGCAAUUUUCAGGCUAAGGAAAUCCAACAACAAGUUUGGCACAUGGUCAACAGGUAUAAUAGCAUGGCUGAGCCUCUCCAAGCUCGCAGAGAGACACUGGAGUCAUGGCAGCUGCUGUAUCAGUUCUACAGGGACAUAGAGGAUGAAAUAAUGUGGAUUGAAGAUAAGCUGCCGACGGCAACUUUGAAGGACUAUGGGACAUCCCUAGAAAGCACACAAGCAAUGAUCAAAAAGUGCCAGGUGUUGAUACAGGAAAUUGCAGGUCGUACCCCUCUGGUGCAGGUAGUACUUGAGGCAGGACAAAACUUGGUAAGAGGAAGACACUUUGCAUCCCAGGAAAUCAGUGCAAAACUGACUGAGCUGAAGGAGCUCUUUCACAUUUUAAAAACAGAGUCAGAGAACAAGGGCAGACUGCUACAAGAAGCACUGAAAAUCCACACCUAUCUUUCAGAGAUCUCUGAAAUGGAGUUGUGGAUAGAUGAGCUGAUGCCUGUGCUAGAGCCCAAAGACUAUGGGAAAAGUGAGGAGGCCACAGAGAUACUCCUCAGAAGGCUUGAUGCAGUAGAUCUGGAGUUGAUGAACCGUCAAAGGAAAGUGGAGGCCUUACAGGAAACUGGAGUUAAAAUGGAGAAAUUUGACCAUCCUAACAGCCACUUGGUUGGAGAGAGAAUUGCAGACAUGAAAAAGAAGUUUGAGAUGCUUCAGCUGUUGUCUUCAGAGCGUCGAGCAGCGUUGGAGGACCAGUACGAUCUUCAUGUGUUUGAGAGAGAAACCAAAGAUGUGGAAAGCUGGCUUAUUUCUCGAAAGACCCUCACAGAGUCAGAUGAUUUGGGACAAGAUCUAGACGAUGUGGAGGCUCUACAGAAAAAAUUUGAGGAUUUUGCAGGUGAGGUCAACUCUUUGGGUCAGAUCAAACUUUCUACAGUUGAAAAGCUGAAGCAGCAGGUGAAACUCUCAGAAGCCCAGCGAAGAGAGAAGGAACUCUUAAAAUUAUGGGAAGAUUUAAAAAAGACUCUGGAAACACGAGCAAAGAAUCUUCAGUCGGCCCGUGAGGUUCACCAGUUUGACCAUGAUUUAGAUGAGCUGAAGAGCUGGAUUAGUGAGAAAGAAGUGGUGUUGGACUCACAGGACUGGAAUAAUGACCUGUUUAGUGUCCAAGCUCUUAUCCGACAACAUGAAGGCCUUGAGAGGGAUUUGUUGGCAAUAGAUAAAGAAGUGCAGCGCAGACGGGGAGAAGGUAGGGCUUUGGUCAGGCAGUAUCCACAGGUCAAGGAAAGUCUAUCUGAGAGGCUGCGAGAGGUGGAGGAAAGCUGGCAUAGCCUGUUGGAGAAAGCCAGCCAGGUCAAACACAGGCUCCAGCAAGCUGAGACAGUACAGAAAUAUCUUACUGACUGGAGGGAGCUCAUGGCAUGGCUAAAAGAGUCACUGUCUUUAGUGACAGGGGACGGAUUCAGAGGUGAGGUCAAAGACUUAGCACAGCUAAUUAAAAGGCAUGGGGAAUAUCAGGCUCAAAUUCACCGGCAAAUUGACAAAUCAGAAAUUGUGAAAAAUGAGGGAAGACAUCUAAUACAGGAAGGAAACUUCAUGAGUAAAGAGCUGGAGGAACGUCUAGCAGAGCUUGAGGAGCUAGAGAUCCUGGUUCUGCAGGGCUGGGAAAAAAGAAAAGAUCAGUAUCAACAGGAGCUGGAGCUGCAGCAGCUACAAAAAGAGCUUGAGCAAGCUGAACACUGGCUAAACACCUAUGAGGGGGUGUUUACUGCUAAAGAUUAUGGGGACUCUGUUUCAGAUGUUCUGGAGCUAAUGAAGAAACAGGAAGAUCUGGAAGCAAUGAUGCAAGCUCAAAGUGACCGAUUUAACACCUUAAAUAAAAGGACAACAAAGCCCAAGAGCAGAUCACAAGAUGUAGAUGGUGGAGAUGAUGUUUUCAUCAAAAAGCCUUUUCAUGUGACUUCCCUAAAGAGAAAACCAUCAGAUCACACUUCCUCAACUUCUCAGUCCUUCACAGAAAACUCCAUCUUGAGAAGGAAUAACAGUGGAAGAAGUGAUGGUCCAAUGCUGACCUCAACAAAGCCAGUGCUGUUGAGGAGGAAAAGUAGUGGCAAAUGUAAUGGAGUUAACCGAAUGGCAUCUGUACUGAGUAAAAGCAUCAGCAACAACAAGGAUCCUGUGAUCUCUAUGACGUCUUCUGACACUUUGGAAAGACAAAACAUCUCUACAGAAUCUCAUCAAACCCCUCUUUACAGAUCACACCCAGUUUCAACCACUAAUCCUAAAUGUGAAGAAGAAACCACUGGCCAAACAUAUUUAGCCUACAAACACUCCUCUCUUGACACUUCAAUGCAAAUCACACCUGAGGUGAAGUUGCCAAGUUCUAGUGAAGUGAUUGAGGAACCUGCUACAUCAAUACAUCUUAAAUCAAACACAGCAUUUGAUGAAUGUUCCAAAUCCAUACCUCCUGAAACAUCUGUAACAUCUUCAGAGAUGACAACCAAAGAGAAGGCAACUAAAGCUGUUUUAGUAGUGAGUGACCACUGUCCAUCACCUCCACCAUCACCUCCUUCAUCACCUCAAUCAACUCCACCAUCACCUCCUCCAUCACCUCCUCCAUCACCUCAAUCACAUUCACCAUCUCCACCCCCACAGAGGAUUUUAACUGAGGAGGUUGCAGAUUUACCAGAGAACAUUCCUGCUGAUUUACCAAAGCCAUGUCCGGAAACUAGAAUGGUUCGAGAAGACCUUAUCAAAAUGGACGGACCACUGGAAAUUAAACUAAAACAGGGGGGAAUUAAAGGUAUGGAACACUGGGAAACCAUCUAUGCUGUACUGAAAGAAGAGACACUUAAUCUGUUUAAAGACCAGAUGGCUGCUGAGGAGAAUUGCACUCUAUGGCCACCUAUCACCAUGGCUGGAGCAAUUUGUAGAGAUAACCCCUAUUUUAGGAGAAAGAACUACACCUUUAAACUUAUACUUAAUGAUGGCAGUCACUACCUGUUUGCUGCUUCGUCUCAAGCGGAACAGCAGAUGUGGGUGGAGAAGCUACAGCACUGCACUGGUCAACAAAGAAUCUCUGGGUUUAACAGAGAAGAAAAAAGAGAGACAACUGAGCAAAAUGUUCUUAAAUUAGCUGCUGCAUCAGACACACAAACCUCCACCACAGAGUCAGUCCUAAAAAAAGAUUCUGCUGAAAGUUCAGAAAUUGAAAGGGAACCCCCUCCAAAGCCACCACACACAUACUACAACAAACAUCGUUACCCAGAGGGAGGAGAGGGCAGACACUCAGUUACACUGAGAAGUAUCAAGAAUGACCAGCCUCCCUCCUUCCCUCCACCCCCUCCUCCACAAAAUCAGCAGGAGAAUGGAAUCAAGGAGAAGUCUAAAAACAAGAGUGUUUUUAAGAAAUUUUUUAAAAUAUAAUUUUUAUCUGUAAAAUCUACCAAUCUAGCAAAUUUGUCUCAUAAACUCUUGAUUUUUAUUUGAAA